AUGAAUUUAGAUUUACCAGAAUCUUCAGAAUUGAAGAAGAAUAAAAGAAAUCGCAUGCUGGAGCGAUUAACUGUACAAAAUAUGCCGAUAGUUGAUAUACAGAGGGAAUUGGUCAUUCAGAAGGUAUUGCAUAUAAACAUAAUUCCUGAAGUUCCGCCGAAAGAUUACACAAUGGCGUCAAAUAACAUUUGCUAUAUUGAGUGUUCAUCUGGAAAAGAAGUUAAAGAAGAUUUAGAUAGGAGUUUGCUCAGGGAUGAAAUUUCACGUAAUAUUAGUUUUAUUGAUGAAGCAAGAAAAUCAUCAAAAUCUGUUCCGGUUAAAAUGCCAAGCAAGGGUGAGGACGUUGUUAAGCGCAUUGAUGGCAUAGCUGAAAGUAUUAAAACGGAUUUAAAACUCAUACAUCAGACUAGAUACAAACCAGAACUCAACAUGGUCGAAGAACUAUUUAUGAAUAUAAAUCAGUCACCCAAAGAAAGUAAGGUAGAUCAAGAGUACGAUAAAAGUGAUACAUCUGUUCUGGUCUAUAAGUAUUCCGAUGAACCAAAGUUAAAUGAAAGAGAAGAUCAAACCUUAAAUGAAGAAGCUAAGAAGAAGCCAUUAACGGAAAAUGAAAAUGUCGAAGCAAAAGAUAAACAAACUAGGAACCAAAAGGAACCAAAUUUAAAUGAAAAAGAAGAAGAAGAAACCUUAAAUGAAGAAAUGUCAUUAACGGAAAAAGAAAAUAUCGAAGAAAUAGAUGAACUACCAUAUGAAGAAAAUGAACAGUCAUUGAUCAAAGACGUUAUAGUUGAAGAAAGCCAAUCCAAGGAAACAAAAAGUGGUCAAUCAAUAGAGGUUUCAUUCACAGAGCCAGAAUUGAGAGAAUUCCAACAGGAUGAUGAUUUCGAAAUCAGAUGGAGAGAUAAUAAUUAUAAAGACGACGAUGAUGAUGACGACGAUGAACCCGAUAUCUGUAUUUGCCAAGGAGCAUACGAUCCACGUACAAAUAGAUUUCCAUCUACCAUAUAUGCAGUCGAUGAAUUGGUUUGCUUCUGCGAGGAAAAAAUUGAAGCGGUGAAAGAGAAGGCAAAUGAAAGCAAAAUGAACCUGGAGUCAAUUGUUUCAUGUAUAACGGACGAAAUUGUUGAAUCGGGUAAGGUAAAAACAACAAAAAAAGAGAAAAAAUCAAAAGGAAAAUCCGGUUGUUCCAAAAUAUUUAAACAUAAGAACGUAGAGGAUUACGAUUCCGACCAAUACGUCUUGGUCCAUGAUGUAUCAGCUCAGGUAUCAAUAGAUUCCAUAUCACAAAAACCUGUAGAACAGCAAGCCGUUAAAUUUCACGAUCAUAACUUUGAAUCAUAUGGCAACGCAAAUUUUGAUAGUUUAAAAAAUAAAAUGGACAAGAAACCAAUUGAUAUAAUAAAAAGAAAAUCGCAAUACAUCUUCUCGACAAUGGGAAGCAUGGAUCCGAAACAAAGAGCCUCGAUGAUCAAAAGAAAAUCAAUCGUAAGACGUGCUGAUCAUGGCAGCAUAACAUCCAGCAUAUACCCAGUUCACGUGGAGCUGGAUUCGCCGGACGUGACGAAAAUAUUGGGACCGAAGAGUUUUAAGAGCUCGGAGUCAGUAAUCUUAUUGGAUGAACUUAUGCCGAAGAACAAUCCCGUUGGUGAUACGACUAGUUUACAGAAAUAUUACAAGCCAUGUAAAGACGUUAAGUGUGUAAACGAGAAUCCAGGAAGAAAAUUGAAAGUGCAGAGGAAUAUUGCUACCGAAACUUUAGCAACGAACACUGACAGGAAAGAUGAGAGUAUUUCUGAAGGUGAAGUAAAACUCGGCGGGAAUCUUAGCAAUGGUGAAUGUCCAUCACCGAAAAAAAAUACCAGCAAAGCAAGUACCAAAGGUAGUUCGAGGAAGACUGAAAGGAGUGAGAGCAGUCGUGGAAGGCAAGUGGUGCACAAUAAAAAUUGGGUUUCUUUCUACUAUUCAAAAUCAUCCCCUUCUGGAGUACCGCACAUUAAUUCACGUUCUUCCAAAUGA